AUGGGCGUACCGGAAAAUGAGGGCAAGGUGACAGGAAUCCUACUCCUCAGUAUAACCAUCUCUUGUGUUGGCAACUCAUUCCUGUAUGGGUACCAGAUUGGUGUUGUCAACCAGCCUGCAGUGCUGAUUCAAGACUUCUACAACAAGACAUAUUAUGAACGACGUGGAGGGUCCUGGGAAAACAUGGAGCGCUACAACAGAUACCUGCAUGACAACAUCACGGACCAGCAAGCGAUUAUCGAAUACACACUAAAUGCCAGCGCAGCAGAGUCUGGCAAACCCUUUGACGUCAAUACAACUGAAACCAAAAGAAUUGACCCUAAGGAAUUUGGUGCAGACAAAAGCCUGUUGCUGGAACCAUGGGAGAUCCAAUUCUUGUGGUCAACAACCGUGGCUGCCUUUGUCCUGUUUGGCAUGAUUGGAGCCUUUACAUCUGCCAAAGUGGCUGACUUUUUUGGCAGAAAGCGUGGUAUGAUCGUGAUUACAUUUCUGAUGUUCAUUGCUGCCAUCUUGGGAGGGAUUACAUUGAAAGUGAUGUCCCCGGAGUGUCUUAUCUUGUCUCGAAUGGUUGUUGGCUUGCAUUCUGGUCUAAACAUAACGCUGUGUCCCCUAUAUCUGGCUGAAAUUUCUCCAAAGAAAAUCCGAGGUGCUGUUGGAACAUGCCACCAGUUGGCCAUCACUAUUGGUAUCCUGGUUUCACAGAUUCUAGGUCUGAAAGAACUCCUGGGGACUGAAACACUGUGGCCGUAUCUGUUUGCAUUCAAUGCUGCACCAUCUAUCAUCUGUCUACUGUUGCUGCCACUGUGUCCUGAGAGCCCCAGGUUCCUGCUCAUCAAGAAGGGAGAGGAGGAGGAGGCUAAAAAAGCCCUGAUCAAGUUCCGGGGAACUGACAGUGUGUCCGAUGAGGUUGAGGAGAUGCGGCUGGAGGCCAGCAAGUCUGUGGGUGUAAAGAACUACACUAUUAAGGAGCUGCUGACCACACCAGAGCUUCGCAUGCCAGUUUGGAUUGCCUGUAUCCUUCAGAUUUCCCAGCAGUGGUCUGGGAUUAAUGCUGUGAUGUCCUACUCAACGAUCUUGUUUGGCCAAGUUAACAUUGACCAUAACACUAUCCCGUACAUUGUUGUUGCUACUGGGGUUAUCAACGUUGUCUGCACCAUUGUUGCUGUGCCACUGAUGGAGAAAGCUGGACGUCGGCCACUUCUGCUGUACCCCAUGAUUGGCAUGUUGGUUUCCUUUAUCGUGAUGAUGAUUUUGCUCAAUCUACAGAAGAAUCCUGAUCUGAGUGACCAUCAUGUGUCAUUUGCAAUUGUCUGCAUCAUUGCCAUGCACACAUACAUCAUUGGAUUUGCCCUCGGCCUUGGCCCCAUCCCAUUCAUCGUGGUGGGGGAGAUCUUCCGCCAGGAGCCCAGAGCUGCUGCCAUGAGUUUGUCCUUGGCCUUUAACUGGGUGUGCAACUUUAUCCUGAUGUUGACAUUCCCAUUUUUAAAGGAGGGACUGGAGGAGUUUGUGUACAUCAUCUUCUGCAUCGUACUUGGAUUAGCCAUUGCUUUCAUCUUCUUCUUCGUUCCUGAGACAAAAAACAAAACAUUUGAUGAGGUUGCAAACUCUAUCUCUCUUGGUGGUCGAGCCAAGGGCACAGGAAAAGCUUACGGUAUCAACAGCGAGGAGAAUGAACCUAUGAGCACCAGUAAAGUAUGA